AAAAAGUACCCUUACCAAAAAGAUGAAUGUAUUUGGACACUCCAAAACCAAUUUCGCCGCAAACCUAUGUGAGAAGAACAUGGAGAAGCUCAAUCUCUCUGCUUUGGCCUUCCUCUGCAUCUUCCUCUCGAGUUCUCCGAACUGGAUUACGAUUCAAGCCCAGAGUUUGCCUCCAGCCAAGUUCGAUGGGUUCCUCUACAGCAGCGGCCGGGUCGACCCGGACGCCAUUCUGAUCGAAGCUUUCUUCGACCCAGUUUGCCCCGACAGCAGAGACUCCUGGCCUCCUCUCAAGCUAGCUCUCGAUCACUACGGCCCUCGCGUCUCCCUCCGCCUCCAUCUCCUCCCGUUGCCGUACCAUGACAACGCGUAUGUUGCUUCUCGAGCCCUGCAUAUCGCCAAUUUGUUGAAUGCUUCCUCAACGUUCCCGUUAAUGGAGCAAUUCUUCAAGUAUCAGGUAAGGGGGAAAAUAGUGCAAUUUGUGGUGAAAGUUGGGAGUUUUUAUGCUUCUCUUGGAAUUUGACCUCAAUCCAUGUCUAGAUGUUCUGUAUAUUUAUGCUCGGCCAAUGACAAAACUGACUCAAUAUUGUAUUCGAUCGGAAAAUUGUUCGCUUGUUGUCCUGAAAUGUUUCUAUCCAGAGCUGAUGGCUCACUCAGCCUUUGCUGUUGGGUCUACAAGUUCAAGACUAGGAAAGAGUGUUGGCGUUGUCUCAUGCCCAUUGGUGAAUGUUUAUAUUGCUGACUGAUUUGGCUGCUUGAAACUCAGGAGAAGUUCUACAAUGAUCAGACGAUCAACUUGUCGAAAGCUUCGGUUGUGAAACAGGUGGUCGAUUUCGCUACUCCAGCAGUUGGGAACUUCCUUCACUCCGAAUUCGAAACUGCGUUCAACGACAGAAGAACCGAUCUCAAGACAAGGGUGUCCUUCAAGUUUAGCGCAUCUAGAGGAGUUUACGGUACACCAGCUUUCUAUGUCAAUGGGUUUGCGUUGCCCGACAUCGGCUCUCCCCUUGAUUACAACGGCUGGAGAAAGAUCAUCGACCCACUGGUUUCCGCAAAGUUCGACAGCCGCCUCGAUCUGCUGCAUACCAAAUUCUGAGACCCUCCGAAUUUGAGAUGAGAUGCUUAGGCCUCUGAUGCUGUUAUUUUAACUUGAAUAAAUCAAUAGCAGCCUUAAGAGUUCAUAUCUUCCUGUAGAGAUCAGAAGCUAUCGUCUUUUCUGUCUGUUUAUAAGCUAAAAGUUGUUGUGUUAUAUGAACUGACGUUGUGAAGAGAUGAAAUUUGUUGCCAGUUUGCUGCAGCUUUCGCUGUGUCGAUGGAGCUAGUGUAUUGUCUGUUUACCUUA